AUGGUGGGACAAUUCGCAGCAAGAAAAGAGCUAGCGACCGAGGAAUCAGCUGAGGAAAGAAGAUCAAAAGGGCGCAUUUCAGAAAUAAAGCCCACAACUGACACAGAAAACGAAACUAAGGAAAAGAUAGCAUUCUGCUCGGUUCCGCGGAGAACCAUCUUUGACAAAACUGUAAAGCCGGUCAUUCAAAAAGUCAAUUGUGCCAUACAGGCAAAGGCACAUUCUUUAGAUAAAUUAGGUGCCGCACGAGACGAUAAAAGCCAAAACCCGUUUCCUAGAUCAUCCAAAAGGCACCUUAAGUAG